CUUUACAACUUUGAAAUGUAGUCUUUACAAACCUACGUACUUACUUUUCGGGUUUAUGAGAUUUAUGGCUUUCUCUUGGAACUUUCCUGGUUGUUUCAUCCCUUGUGGAAAAUCAUGCACACUAGCGUUCACAUAUAAACACCAUCACAGCUUGAAAUAUACACAACUAAUCUGGCCAUAAAAGCCACGGAGAAUUCCCUUCACACGGGUAGCUGCAUCAUCAAUCAUGGAUCGUCGGCUCCAAGAAUCCGUCACCAGUGGCGACGUUGAAGCCCUGUGGAAACUCGUCGAGCAAGAUGACAGUAUCAUCAGGCAGAGAGUCACUGGAUCUCUCAACACAGUACUGCAUGUAGCUGCAAGAUUUGGGCACCUGGAAUUAACGAAGGAGAUCGUGGAGAAGUGGCCUGAGAUGGUAUCCCUGGAAAAUGCUUACCUGGAGACGCCUUUGCACGAAGCAUGCAGAGAAGGGCACCUGGAAAUUGUGAGAUUGUUGCUGGAAACCGACCCGUCGGUUGCUUAUAAGGUGAACUGUCGGGAGGAGAGUGUUCUAUUUGCGGCCUGUGAGAAGGGGAGGACCGACGUGGUUAAGGAGUUGCUGAAUUUUCCGAGAUUGCUGAUGCUUGAAUUGGACAUGGAAAACACUUCACUUCAUGUUGCAGCUUCAUCUGGCUAUACAGAAAUAGUGAAGGAAAUACUGAAAGCACGGGCCGACUUCGCCUGGAAAAGGAAUGUCUACGGUUGCACACCUCUGCAUCUAGCAUGCAGCAAGGGUCAAUUAGAGAUAACAAGAGAACUUAUGAAGUUGGAUUCUGAUCUCUGCUUGAUACCUGAUGGUGAAGGCCGUAUACCGCUCCAUUAUGCUGCGAUAAAAGGGCGAAUCAACAUCCUCGAUGAGAUUCUUUUUGCCAGUCUUGAUUCUGCUGAGGCGACAACGUACAAUGGGGAAACAAUUCUGCAUCUCGCGGUUAAGAACAAUCAGUAUGAUGUGGUUAGGUACUUAACUGAGUCAAUCAACACCAGUAAACUUCUGAACAUGCAAGAUAAUGAUGGAAACACUAUCCUGCACUUGGCUACUGCAUCAAAACUUACUGCUAUGGUUACAUAUAUACUUAAAAUUGGAAUUGACGUAAAUUCUUUGAAUAGAAAGGGAUACACAGCUCUAGAUGUGGUUGAAACUGAUGCAAGCAACUCUGGUGCUCUUGCUAUUGCACCAGCACUAUUGGAAGCAGGAGCUAAGAGAUGUGAUCAAAUAUCUCCUGGAUCGACGCACAUCCAACAAGUGGCUGUAUCCACGUCCCGAAUGUUAAGUGAAAACAUUCAAAGAAAAUCAAUGUCUCGGUCUAAUAGAACUUCUGAACAUUGCUCCCCAAGCCACCGUCAUCACAGGCAAAACCGGCACAGAGCAAAGAAGCUGGAACUCCAGAAUGAGGGGUUGCGAAAUGCAAGGAAAACUGUAACCAUUGUCGCAGUCCUGGUUGCAACGGUGACCUUUACUGCAGGCAUUAAUCCUCCAGGUGGAUUCAGCCAAGAAACAGGGAAAGCAUUACGGGGAGACCGUGCUGCUUUUAAGGUGUUCUUGGUCUGCAACAUUGUGGCCUUGUUCCUUUCCAUUGGUGUUGUCAAUGUUCUGGUGAGCAUCAUCCCUUUCACACGGAAAACUAUGAUGAAUCUACUGACAGCAACGCACAAAGUGAUGUGGCUAUCCACACUGUUUAUGACUGCAGCUUAUAUAGCUGCCAUUUGGACAAUCAUGCCGGAAAAGAAGGGCACAAGUUGGGUAACGGUGGAACUAGUAGUAUUUGGAGGAGGAUGCACAAUCUUUGUGUUUUUCGGGCUUGGUUUUAUGUUGACUAGGCAUUGGUAUAACAAGCACAAGUGGAGGAAAGUUAGACAGAAAAAGAUCAAAGAUGACAGCCCACAUAGUAGUGUCAGCCGUGUUGAGGAAUUGAAAAUGAAAAUCAAGCAGGAGACCAGCAGUAACUCAGAUGUGGAUAGCUCGGAUCAUGGUUACCACUUGUACUAGGAUAUGAAAUAAGAGAAAAGUUAAUGAAUGAGCUAGUUGUGGUUCCCACCUCGUGCCACAAGUUAUGUAGGUCUAGGUAACUGAGGAUUUACAUAGUGGAAAUUUGAGCUAACAUUGUGGAGAUAUCAGGCCGACAGAGAAAUGCAGAUCGUUGCGCAACCAAUUAAGAAAGAAACUCCUACAGGAAGAAAGCAGAUGAUGAGUCAAAUAUAAUGUUGAAACCAUAGGUUUUAGCUGCUUUUAGUCUAGAAGUUCUCAGAUAUAAUGUGACACAGAUUUCUGUUGAUUCUUCUUUUUCUGAAAUUGUAUCUGUGAGAUUCAAGCUUGUGAAGGUUGCCUGUCACA